AUGUUAUUAGUUAUAGCUAAUAUUAUAUCCAAUGCCGAUGAUGAGCCGUCGAUUUCAUCUGAGGAACCGUCAGUUGAAAAGACCGACCCUGUGCACGAUUUUAAUACUCAAUCUUCUGCGCUAGAAAGCUCCGAUUCUGAGAACGUUCCUCUCAUCAAACUCAAAUCUUCCGCUGUGAAUGACCGUGCAUCACCAAGCACUUCUGUUAGUUCCACUCGUUCUGUGCCACCUUUAAUCAUUAAAAGAAAGAUUCCUCGACCACCAGCUCUGCCUAAACGCAAACCUUCUCUCUCAAGUAUCACUUCCUUAAUCAGCGCUACUAGUCUUGAAUCGAAACCAGAAAACUUAAAACCUCCCGAAAUUAGCAAGCCAAAGUCGCCCGUACCUGAAGUAUCUAAACGUAAUGAAGCGCCUGAAAUCUGCAGUAGCAUAGAAGCUUCUUGUAGUAAUUUCGAUGCCCCAAGUACAGUAACGAAAGAGCCAGAGCCACCGCUUCCGGAGAAACGAUUUGUCCGACCGCAUGGUUUCGAGCGAGGACUCCGUGUGGAACGAAUUCAUGCAUUUCUUAAGAGAGGUGAUACAAUAUUUGCUGUGGUGCAGUUCAAGAAUUGUGACAUUAUUGAAAUACUUGCGACACGAAUUGUCCAACACUAUGAACCACUGAAUGAACACUCACCAAAAAUUGUUGAACUCAAUCUUGAGUUGUUUUUGCAGAUGGAUCUUGAGCUCAUGGAUGAGCAGAUCAUCAUUGUCAAGUUGCUCAUCUAG